UGUCCACUGUCCAGUCUUCACCUAAAGACUCUGACGACCCCUCCUCGCCUCUUCUUCUUCUUCACACAUCCAAGACAGACGCGGCCUCUCUCCUGUGAGCAAUCAUUGUUCAACAAUGGCGGAGCCCAAGGCGGCCAAGAGCAAGUCAUCCUCCAAGCCCAGCAAGAAGCACCACGACGAGGCGGCGUCCAAGAAGGCCACCAAGCCCAAGGCGGCCCCGGCGCCGUCGCUGGACGCGCACUUCAAGCCUUGCGCCGACGUGACGGGCCUCCGCUUCGGCGCGCAGCUCGUCACCCGCGCGCUCACCGUCCGCCGCGCCGGCCCCCUCGAGCUCCCCCACCUCCUCCGCGUCUCCCCCGACUCCGGCGGCGGCGAGAAGCAGAGCCAGAACAACCAGACGCUGUCGUUCGCGCCGACGACCACGGCCUACAUCCCCACGAGCUUCACCAUCCUGGCGCACCACGCGUGGCACACCCUGACGCUGGGCCUGGGCACGCGCAACUCCAAGGCGGUCAUCUUCGUCUUCGACUCCGGCGCCGCCAAGGCCGCCUGCGACGCCGCCUGGCCGGGCGUCGUGCCGCUCGGGGACGUCGGCCGCCGCCUCCUCCGCGCCGCCCCGGGGUCUCCCGAGAUGGCCCGGUUCAAGUUCCGGAAGGGCUGCGUGACCUUCUACGUCUACGCCGUCCGGGCCGCGGGGGCCCGCGGGUUCGCGCGCGCCGACGAGCUCAGGGCCGUCGUCGAGGCCGUCGCGGGGCUCAAGGACUUCCUCGACCACACCGCCAUGCUCGCGCUCCCAGGACAGAGGAGCAUCGACGCCGCUCCUUCUCCGGCUCCGGCGCCGGCGGGCGUCGUGCAUUGAUUGAUAUGAUUGAUGGAUGCGCCUGGAUUUGCUUGUGAAUAGAUAGAGCUCUUCUUGUUUCUUUUCCUCUUUUUUCUUUUCUUUUUGGCGUGCGAUUAAUUUCUGAAUCUGGAAAAAUAGAAAUCUGAAUGCGAGCAUUGUUUUUGUUGAUUGGGGAAGUUCCUUUUAACUUUCUCUUGUCAGUUGGUUCAUUUAGCAUCACGCGAUGGCACUCGUGAUCAUUUUUCAGGUUGGGAAAUGGGAAGCUGAUCUUAGCUUCCAUUUACCAUCUUGAGAGAAUAAUGCCCUUGAUUUUCAUGUUGUGAUGAGCUGUGUGUUUGAAAUAUACAAACUUAUCAGGAGUACAGUUCU